AUGGGCACCCCUGUGGUCAAUGAAUAUCCCAGCUUAUUCCGCUCUGAGGCUAUGGGCUUGGUGCAACUAUUCGUAUCAACAGAAGUUGCCCAUGACACGGUCGCUGAGCUUGGGGAACUUGAAAACAUGCAGUUCAAGGAUCCGAACCCCAACGUCAAUCCCUUCCAACGAUCAUUCAUAGGCGAGAUUCGUCGCAUCGACGAGAUGGCUCGUCGCGUUCUUUUUUCUCUACUCAAAUUGAGAGGGAAAAAGAUAAGAUACCCGUGCGCCCGCUGUAUGAUUCGGCGCCUCUCAUCACCGUUGGUCCGCGAGCAGCUCAAAUAA